AUGGGGAAAGAAAUCCUGCUGAAACCCAAGGUAAAUGUCUCUUCUUACAUCCACUUUUUGCUCAAUUACAGAAACAAGUUCAAGGAGCAGCAGCCUAAUUCCUACCUUGGCUUCAAGGAAUUCUCUCGGAAAUGUUCUGAAAAAUGGCGGUCCAUCCCAAAGCAUGAAAAGGCCAAAUUCGAGACUCUGGCCAAGCUCGACAAAGCCCGUUACCAGGAAGAGAUGAUGCAAUAUGUAGGCAAGAGGAGGAGGAGACGAAGAAAGCGGGACCCCAUGGCACCCAAACGACCUCCGUCUUCCUUUCUGCUCUUCUGCCAAGACCACUAUGCUCAUCUGAAGAGAGAGAAUCCAAGCUGGACAGUGGUGCAGGUGGCUAAGGCUGCUGCAAACAUGUGGUGUGCAUUGCCAGACCCCGAAAAGCAAGUUUACAGCCAAAGAGCAGCUGUUCUUCGAUCUAAGUACCGAGGGGCUUUGGAAGAAUACCGCAAGCAAGGUAACAACAAGAAGAGGCUCCAGAGGUUCACUAAGAGCCAGCGCCGAAAGUAA